AUGGAACAGGUAAGAUUAAAUCAAAUAAGCUUAGAUAGUGCUAUAUCACAGCUUGAUUAUGAGUUCAACAUAUUGUAUCAAAUCAAUGUUUCUGAUCAGUUCACCAAGGAUGACUAUGAAAAUGCUGUGAGGCAGAUCCAAAGUGUAAACACUUGCCUUGAAUCAUUGAAGCCUUUUGUUGAAUUCGAGAACGGGCUUGCUAAGAAGCAAAAUGAAAUUUGUUCAAGCUCAUUAAAGGCGAUCAAAGAAACAGCGAAUUUAAAAGCAGAAAGUAAAAGGGCUCAAUUCAUGGAGCAUUAA